UAGCAACUUCAUUCUCGCAAAUGCUCAGGUGGCUAAGGGAUUCCCUAUUGUUUACUGCUCAGAUGGCUUCUGUGAGCUUGCUGGAUUUGCACGAACUGAAGUUAUGCAGAAGAGCUGCAGCUGUAAAUUUUUACUUGGUGCUGAAACAAACGAGCAGAUGAUUAUUCAAAUUGAGAAAUCAUUGGAGGAGAAGGUAGAAUUCAAAGGAGAAAUCAUGUUCUAUAAGAAGAACGGGUCUUCAUUCUGGUGCCUACUGGAUAUUGUUCCUAUAAAGAAUGAAAAAGGGGAUGUAGUACUCUUUCUGGCCUCUUUCAAAGAUAUAACAGACACGAAAGUGAAGAUUGCUGCAGAAGACAAAAAGGAAGAAAAAUGGAAAGGAAGAGGAAGAGCGGGGUCACAUUUUGAGACAGCACGAAGACGGAGCAGAGCUGUACUUUAUCAUAUCUCUGGACAUCUACAAAGAAGAGAGAAGAACAAAUUAAAAAUAAGCCAUUCCCCAGCAGCUGCUGCUGCUACCUCCCUGCAAGAGCAGAGUGUAGAAGAGGCAGCUGAAGAUGUAUCUUACUGGGCAUCAUCUAGCAGACAGAAAGGAGUCAAAGCUGCCAUUGCUGCCAUAGACAGAGACACACAUAUUAUUUUAAAUUUCCGAACAACAUAUGUCAGCAAGUCUGGCCAAGUUAUAUUUGAAGCAAGAUCUAUUUGUAUCCACUACGUGACUACCUGGUUUAUCAUUGAUUUAAUUGCUGCACUUCCUUUCGAUCUUCUUUAUGCUUUCAAUGUCACUGUGGUUUCCCUUGUUCACCUCCUAAAGACAGUGCGGUUGCUACGCCUCUUGCGUCUCCUUCAGAAGUUGGAUCGUUACUCCCAGCACAGCACUAUCGUUCUCACGCUUCUCAUGUCCAUGUUUGCCUUGCUUGCUCACUGGAUGGCCUGCAUUUGGUAUGUCAUAGGGAAAAGGGAAAUGGAACAGAAUAACCCCCUUACCUGGGACAUAGGUUGGCUUCAUGAGCUAGGAAAACGUAUUGAGUCUCCUUACUAUGAGAAUAAUACACUAGGAGGCCCAUCAAUCAGAAGUGCCUAUAUAGCUGCCCUAUAUUUCACCCUCAGCAGCCUCACCAGUGUUGGGUUUGGAAAUGUUUCAGCUAAUACUGAUGCUGAAAAGAUCUUCUCCAUUUGCACAAUGCUGAUUGGGGCUCUGAUGCAUGCCUUGGUGUUUGGCAAUGUGACUGCCAUAAUUCAGAGGAUGUACUCCAGAUGGUCCCUUUAUCACACAAGAACCAAGGAUCUGAAGGACUUCAUACGUGUCCAUCACCUGCCACAGCAGCUAAAGCAAAGGAUGCUUGAAUAUUUCCAAACCACGUGGUCUGUCAAUAAUGGAAUUGAUUCCAAUGAGCUUUUAAAAGACUUCCCAGACGAGCUACGUUCAGACAUCACCAUGCACUUGAACAAAGAGAUUUUGCAGCUCUCCCUUUUUGAGUGUGCCAGCCGUGGUUGCCUCAGGUCUCUGUCUCUGCAUAUCAAAACCUCCUUCUGUGCUCCUGGGGAAUACCUCCUCCGGCAGGGAGAUGCCCUGCAAGCGAUCUACUUUGUGUGCUCAGGUUCCAUGGAAGUUCUGAAGGACAGCACGGUGCUGGCAAUUCUUGGUAAAGGAGAUUUAAUUGGAGCAAACCUAUCCAUUAGGGAUCAAGUUAUUAAAACAAAUGCAGAUGUUAAAGCUCUAACAUACUGUGACCUCCAAUGCAUUAUCCUCAAAGGCCUCUUUGAAGUGCUUGACCUUUACCCCGAGUACGCUCACAAGUUUGUUGAAGAUAUACAGCAUGAUCUCACAUACAAUCUAAGAGAAGGCCAUGAAAGUGAUGUAAUAUCAAAAUUAUCAAACAAGUCUACAUUAUCUCAGACAGAGCUCAAGGGAAACGGAAAUAUAAAGAAGAGACUCCCUUCAAUUGUAGAAGAUGAAGACGAGGAUGAGGAGGGAGAAGAAGAGAGUAGCACCCUUUCACCAGUCCAUACAAGAAGCACAAAUUGUUCUCAGCAGAAGAAGGCUGGAAGCAAUAAAAGCCACCUAGGAAGAAACUUGAAGCCGUUGACCUCAAGCACGGUGCCCUUUCAUUCACCCAUCCAUGCUUGCAGUUCAAACCCCUCAAGAACCAAGCAUGAAAUGGAGCUCCAUUACUACUCCAGAAGGAAGGAGAAAAACCUUAAGUUACACCUUUCAGCACUGACCACCAGUGGUCCACCUGACCUGAGUCCAAGAAUUGUUGAUGGGAUUGAAGAUGGAAACCAUAAUGAGGAAAGCCAAAACUUUGACUUCAGCUCUGAUCAGCUCAGGCAGGAAUCCAGGUUAUCUCCUACAGUUGGAGAGGCCGAAAUUGGUGCUGCUGUGCUUGUUAUCAAAGCAGAAGAGACCAAACAGCAGAUCAGCAGGCUUAAUGAUGAGGUGACAACUUUAACUCAAGAAGUCUCUCAAUUAAGUAAGAAUAUGAAGAACAUGAUGCACCUUCUGGAAAACCUGCUCACAUCCCAGAAGCCUCCAGGGUUCUGUGCUGUGCACGGCAUAUCUCGAAGUCCCACCCUGGAAAGUCUGCAGUCUCGAAUGGCUUGGACUACACAUCAACCUUGCACGCACAUGCAAGCUGGGAACUUUACUUGCACCAAAGCACAACUUUCCCGUGGCAACACACUAUGUGACAUUUGGAAUACAGAUCUGUCCUCUGUAGGCAGCAGUCCCCAAAGAACUGAACCCAACCUUCAAAAUUCUAUGGACGGUGAAUUUUAUUAUACACCAGGCCUUCACAAUUCCCCCUCCCAGUAUCAGGUAAUUCAGAAAGACAAUUUGCAAUUUAUAAGAUGCACCUCUUCCCAUUCAGACACUACCUUGACUCCUCUUCAGUCUAUUUCAGCAACUCUUUCUUCUUCAGUAUGCUCUUCAUCAGAGACAUCAUUACACCUCGUGCUCCCCAGCAGAUCUGAGGAAGGUAGCUUUAGCCAAGGAGCAAUCAGCUCACUAAGCCUUGAGAACCUGCCGGGAUCGUGGGACCUGGAAGGAACAGCCGGAAUAGUUUCUGCACAGACCCCAGAUUCCCCAGUAGACAUUGUGACAAGCACAAGGGAUGUUAAAGAUAAAGAUUACCAAGCCAUAGACGUAUAAUGAGAAACAGUGAAGCAGUAUGAGAAACAGUGAAGCAGUACUCGAAGCAUGUUCCACAGCUGCCAGUUUUAAAUUUAGAGAGUACUGCAUGACUGAUUUAUUUGACCUUUUCUCUGGCAAUCGUAGAGACUUACAAACAUGAAAAUUCAGAUUUAUAGAAAGUAAGAAAAGGUACUGCCAGUUCAUACUAUAGGAAAAAAAAAAUAAAUUCUAGAUUCUAGAAGCAUGUUGAAAAGCAUUUUAUAUACAAAUAUAACUUACUGGUCUGUUUGGCAGACUUUUGUGAUAGUCCAAAGACCCUGAGGGUCAGAGCAGCUGGAAGUCUAGGACAAAAGAACUAUCUUGGGUGGCUUUUGUUCAUCGAAGCAGAGGUUUUCCCUGGGUGUCUGACUGUUGUUCCCAAACAAUGUCUAUGGCACUGUUUGCUUCAGGUGACCGUGGGUCCUGCUGAUCUGUUUGUCAGUUCUGUGAAGGCAAAGGGACAAUUAUCCCUGCAUGUCAUCUAGACAAUCAAUCAAAUAGAGCUGGUAGAGAGUGGUUAGUUGUUGCACGUUGUUUGUCAUGUAAAUGAAACCUCUUAAUUUAUCUAAAAAUACUAUUUUUAUAUACUUGUUAUGAAAUGUACUUAAAAAAUAUUUAAAAUAUUUAUAAGGAGAAUAAGAGUUUGUUUUCAUUUUGGUAAAAGCUUGCAGUUUUAACAAGAAAUGCACUACCAUCAUGUAUUAGAUCAAAUACUAUUUAUUGUUAAGAUAUUAUGUAGUUUACAAAUGGAUUCCCUUUUAUGUGCAUGCAAUUUGCAAUGAAUGUAUUCAUGCCGGUGGAAUACAAAUAAAUUAAGGUAUUAUUUUAUUUAAAAAAAAAUAAAACAGCUGUAAUGUUGUAUCCCAUACUAAGUCAGCUAUCACUAGUUAAAAAGUGAACUGUUAUACUGGUAACAUUAAGUACCCUUGGUUUGCACUAUUAUUGAUAAGACCAAGUCAACGUUUUACUACACAUCCCUGUUCUGGAAUUUUAUAUGUGGACAAGGAAAUUAAGAGGAAUGAAAAUAAUUGAGCAAAUUAAGGAAUAUUAAAGGAGAAAAUUACAAUGGUCUAGUCAGAAUCAAAGAAAUGUUUUAAACAGUUAUUUAUUUGUUUAUUUUUUACUUACAAAUGUAAAAAUUAUCUUUGACCUUUAGUCAAAAAAAAAAAGAGAGACUAUAGAUUUGACAAAUUAUUUAAUCUAGAAUUUGAAUUGAUACCCAAAGGAAAUUUGAAGGUUUUUUUCAGUAUUUAAUGUAUUAGAAACUUAUAUUGCUACAGUGUAACCAGAGCUACUGCUUUGCGUUGGAAUUUUGCUUUAUAUAUUUAAAGAUGCCCAGUAUACACCACAUUUCCAUGUCCUUUAGCAAGCUUUCUAAAAGAACAUAUAUACAACCCCAAAUAAAUGUUUUAAAAUGGAGAAGUAAAUUGUUACAUUUAAUAAUUAAUUCAAACUGGUGACUGUUAUCAAAUUAAAAUUUUUACAGUGCACAGAUUUUUGUUUAACUUCCUUAAGAUGUUUUUUACUGAAAGCUUCAAAGACUAAAUUCAUUGUUAACAUUUAGAUGUGUGUGGGAACACAAAUCCCAGUUGAUAUUCUGUGCCCAAUUUACAUCCUUUCACAUCCUUUUUCCCACUGGUACAAAUUAAGGACAAAAUGUCAUCUCUCAUUUUGAGCUGCCUGAAUUUUGUCAGUGUGUCUACACUUCAACAUGAGGGUUUAUAUAUAGGGUUUCUUACUUUCCCUCUAUUCCAGUUCUUGCUUAGUUUAAGACUAAAUAGAGAAUUGCUGAUUAAAUAAGGCAUAUCC